AUGUUUUGCAUAGAAUUUGCAUCCAGGCCGAAUACGGAAUUGUCACAUUUGGAUUUCACAGGGAUACCUUUAGACUGUUACGAUAUGUCGAAUUUGUUUAUUGAAGAUAUAAAGAUGGGCAUGAUAUUUGAGCACAGAAGAUCAUCAUAUAUAUGCGGAGGAGACAUGGAUAUAAGUCUGGCAGACAACAUGAAAGCGUUUGGCAUUUAUCAUCACGAUUGA